GGGAUAUAUUUGUUAAAAUAAUAAUAUUUUUUUCUUUUUAACCAUAAUCACUUCAAGCAAAAUGUCCUCCUUCUACGAAUUAGAACCAAAGAAUAACAAGAAUGAACCAUUCCCAUUCAAGGAAUUGAAGGGGAAAGUUGUCCUUAUUGUCAAUGUGGCUUCCAAGUGUGGAUUCACUCCACAAUAUAAGGAAUUAGAAGAAUUGAACAAGAAAUACGAAGGUAAGGAUGUUCAAAUUUUAGGGUUCCCAUGUAACCAAUUUGGUGGUCAAGAACCAGGUAGCUCCGAUGAAAUUGCCUCUUUCUGUCAAUUAAACUUUGGUGUAACUUUCCCAGUCUUACACAAGAUUGAUGUAAAUGGUGACAAUACCGAUCCAGUCUAUAAAUUCUUGAAGAAUCAAAAGUCUGGUUUAUUGGGAUUGAACCGUAUUAAAUGGAACUUUGAAAAGUUUUUGAUUGAUAAGGAAGGAAAUGUUGUUGAAAGAUUUUCUUCUUUAACCAAGCCACUGUCUAUUGCUCCAAAGAUUGAUGAAUUAUUGAAGAAAUAAGGCAAAUGAUAAAUAAUUUAUUGAACAGAAGAAAAACUGACUAAAUUGAUAAUAUAAUACUACUAAAAAAUGAUGGAAUUUGGAUUUACAUAGCUAUUUUACUGUUUAAUAUGAAUAAAUACAGAUAUAUGCAA